GCUGUUUUGCGUACCGAAAAGGACAUUUAUCCCUUACCUCUUAUUGAAGAAGUCCCCAAAGCCUUCCAAGGUGCCCGGUGGUUCUCGAGUUUAGACUUGAUCAAUGGCUACUGGCAAGUCGCCGUGAAAGAGGAGGAUAAGAAAAAGACGACUAAUUUACGACAAUUGGUGCCCCUGAAUAGAGUUCAUUCUAAACACACAACAAUGCCAGGACGUGUAACGUAA